AUGGAUGAACCCGAGAAAACAAAAGAGGAUAGUUGCGUUUCAGUCCUGCUAAAGAAGAUCUUCCCUCUAGGAGAAGUAAGUAGUGUUUCAAAUCAGCUUAGUUUGACUCUUUCUGAGACAACAAUUGACGCACUAGUUGAAACAAUGACUAUCUGCCGGCAAAGUCGGGAUAAUUAUGCCAGCUGGAUCUUUGAGUAUAUGGACCAAGAUAAGAAAGGAUAUUUAUCGCCAGCGGAUUUUGGCACUCUUAGAGAGAGUUUCGGAGCAAUGAUGGGCUUUAAAGGUCCUGAACAUGCAGCCGCCGAAAAGAUCACUAAACCCGAGUUCUUGGCCAUAUGCAAAACAUCCCCAGAAUUCAACAAAUCAUGGACUGCAUUAAGGAAAUACACUAGACUCUAA